AUGCUCCUCCUGCUGACAGCACUCCAGAUCAUGGCUCUAGCCAUGGCACAGACCCAAGAGGAUAAGGACAAGAUACUUGGUGGUUAUACAUGCAUCCAGAACUCCCAGCCAUGGCAAGCGGCCUUACUGGCAGGUCCCUUUCGUAGUUUCCUCUGUGGAGGGGUCCUGCUGUCAGGCCAAUGGGUCAUCACCGCUGCUCACUGUGCCCGCCCGAUCCUUCAUGUAGCCCUGGGCAAGCACAACCUGAAGAAUUGGGAGGCUACCCAGCAGGUGCUGCGUGUGGUUCGCCAGGUGCGACACCCCCAGUACAACUCCCGGACCCACAACAACGACCUGAUGCUGCUGCGGCUGGAGCGGCCUGUUCGGCUGGGGAGGGCGGUGAAGCCCAUUGCCGUGGCCAAUACCUGCAUGAGCCCAGGGACCCCCUGUCUCGUGUCUGGCUGGGGCACCACAUCUAGCCCCAUUGCCAGGUACCCCAACUCUCUGCAAUGCGUGAACAUCAACAUCUUCUCGGAUCAAGAGUGUCAGGGGGCUUAUCCCGGAGCCAUCACUGCCGGCAUGGUCUGUGCAGGUGUUCCCCAAGGAGGGAAGGACUCUUGUCAGGGCGACUCAGGGGGACCCCUGGUGUGCAAAGGACAGCUCCAGGGCCUCGUUUCCUGGGGGAUGGAGCGUUGUGCCCUGCCCGGCUACCCUGGGGUCUACACCAACCUGUGCAAGUACCAGACCUGGAUCCAGAAAACCAUACGGAGAAGAUGA